UCUCCUGUGCAGCCAGUGUUGGAACCACAACCCCCCAAAAAAACUGGGAUUCAGACACGCUGGCUCUUCCAGACAGGACCUUGAUGCGAACCUUUCUGCACCGGCGAGGAAUGGCAAAGUGCCGGGUAACGGUGCGGACCGGUCAGUGCUGACAAUGUCUGAGUCCAUUCGCUGCACACUGGUGAACUGUAACUGUGAGUGCUUUCAAGCCGGGAAGAUAAACAUUCGUCAAUGUGACCACUGUAAGCAUGGAUGGGUGGUACAUGCCCUAGACAAACUGCGAGUGAAUCACCUUUAUCAACAGAGUCAGGUGGAGAUUGUCCAAUCUAACGUUGUGUUUGACAUUAGUAGCCUAAUGCUGUAUGGUACCCAGGCUAUUCCCAUCCGACUCAAAAUCCUGCUGGACCGUCUGUUUAGCGUUCUCAAGCAAGAAGAAGUACUCCAGAUCUUACAUUCUCUGGGAUGGACACUUCAAGACUAUAUCCGUGGCUACAUUCUACAGGAUGCCUCAGGAAAAGUACUUGAUCGGUGGAGCAUAAUGACCUACGAGGAAGAAAUGGUCUCCCUCAACCAAUUCCUUCGUUUCGGAGAGACCAAAUCCAUCGUUGAACUCAUGGCAAUUCAGGAGAAGGAGGGACAUGCUGUUGUCGUCCCACCGACCAAAACUAACUCUGACAUCCGAACCUUUAUAGAAAGCAGCAACCAAACCCGAAACCCUGCGCUCGUCACCCAGCCUGAGAAAAUCAAUGCCAGCAGCACUCAUCACUUUGAGAACAUUGUGAACAAUCUGGCGUUUAUGCUGCCAUUCCAGUUCUUUAAUCCUAUCCCAAUGCCUCUGCUGGGGGCGUCUCCCAACAGUUUCCUCCUUGAUCAGUCUCAAGACAGGCCACGAGAAACCAAGCAAGACAUUCCCGUUCCCCUCAGCAAGAGUUUCCUUUCGAACGCCCAAGCUGACUCUUUCCCGAGUCCUGAGGCAACCAGCCAGAACUCCCAAGAUGGUAUUCACCACGAUACAAAGAAUAAGUCCACCAAUGAGUCCAGUGCCGUGGCAUCCCCUGCACUCAGUGUAACACCGAAACACGAUGUCGAGCAACUGUAUGUGCCUUCUCAUGUCAGAGUGAAAUCCAUAGAGAAAGCCGGUUCCUUAACAAGCAAGGGGCGUGUUUACUGCAGUGCAUGUGAAAAGACUUUUUAUGAUAAAGGCACAUUAAAGAUUCAUUACAAUGCUGUUCACCUGAAGAUUAAGCACAGGUGCACAGUGGAAGGUUGCAAUAUGGUCUUUAGUUCCCUGCGUAGCCGUAAUCGCCACAGCUCCAAUCCCAACCCCAGGCUUCACAUGCCAACCAUGAAAAACACCCGUGACAAAGAUCUGAGAAACUGCUCCUUGACAACAGUCAUCCAAGUCAAUAACAGGAAGCUCAACAUCAGCAACUGCCUUGGCACCGAUGCCCGGUCACUUUCAGGGUUUGAUAACCCCCGUGCAGAGCCAGCCCCUCAGAACAGCGUUCAGACUGGCAUUCCCAAUGCCGGGCACAGCAACAUGUUUCAAAACCUGAAGACCGUUCAGCCGGUUCUCCCAUUCUAUCGCAGCCUGGUGCCACCAUCUGAACUCGCCAUCCCCCAAGGCGGCCUCCCACAUUUGCCAGUCACAGCUCCCUCAGUCCCAGGGCAGCCUCCUGCAAGAGAUCCUGUGCCGAAAAAGAAAUCCCGGAAAUCGAGCAUGCCGGUUAAAAUCGAGAAAGAAAGUAUGGAAGACUUAGAGGACUCCGAAGGGGGAGCUCCUGACAGUGCAGCAACUGCACAGCAGAGAAGUGACAGUGAGUUUCAGCAUGGCAAGGAUGGUUUAGAAAGAACAGAGAGUGGGCUGAGUUAUUUGUCUGACUUGGAUGAGCAAAGCCUCAAAGGGCAGCAGCGGCCUGAUUUGAUGUCUACCGACACUGGAGCAGAUACUGAGGGGAAAUCAGUCAACAGCUCCCUCCACUUGGAAAAUGGAGAUGCUUAUGUACAGGCAAAAACUGUGAUCAUUUCGUCUCCUGGGGAGGAACGAAUGGAGUUUGAACCUGACAGUAGCGAGGGCCUGGUAUUUAAAUCAGAAGGUUGGUCACAACCCACCAACAAUUCUAAAGAAGUGCAGUACAGGCUGCUGAAUGGAGGCUUUAGCAGUGCAUUACUGCCUCAGAGGUCUGGCUCACCAUGUACCGAGAGCCCAGCGGUGAAUGGCUGCACAUAUCUGCAGCCAGUCGCAGAUAAGGGGGAUAAUCAGGGUACUUCUAAUCCUAACUAUUGCUAUGUCUGCAAGAAGGUGUUUAAAAGUUCUUACAGUGUUAAGUUACAUUACAAAAAUGUGCAUCUAAAGGAGAUGCACCUGUGCACAGUUGGAGGUUGCAACGCAGCUUUCCCCUCAAGGCGUAGUAGGGACAGACACAGUGCGAACAUCAAUCUUCAUCACAAACUUCUGACCAAAGGUUCAUGUGAGACCCAAAACAUCAACAACAGCCCCCCUCUAACAAAGGAACUUUACAAAGACGUUUUGGUAAGAACUCACAUUGGACAGACUCCAGUAAUACUGAAAGGAAAGAGCCAAAAUGAACAUUUUGUGGUUUGUCACGGCAAUGGUCAGGAGCAGACUAACGAUGCUCAAGGAGGUGAUGGUCUUUAUGAUGGGAGUGUGCUGGAUCUUAGUACUACAUCCAGUGUCAAGUCAGGAAGCAGUAUCCAUUCGUGGGAUUCAGAUGCUGGGAGUGAUGAAGCAGUUCCUGUGAAUGAUGAGGAUGUUUUUGAGCAUUCCGAUUUAAUGGUGAAAGAUAAAAUAUACCAGCUAGCUGCUGUGGUCGAGGAACCUAGUGAUCACUUAAUGCAAAUCCCUUCUGCUCAUUCACCAAUUAUGUGCAACAUCUGCCAGAAGAUGUACAGUAAUAAAGGGACGUUUAGGGCUCAUUACAAAACUGUACACCUUCGUCAGUUGCACAAAUGCAAGGUGCCUGGUUGCAGUACCAUGUUCUCCUCUGUUCGUAGCCGAAACAGGCAUAGUCAGAACCCCAACUUGCACAAAGACACGUUCUGCAGCUCCAAAGAAAGCCACUAAACGUCUCGCACGCCUCUUCAGAAGAUGGAUGUCGAAUUUCUUACAGAUUUGUCAAUCCGUUGUCCUGACAGAUGGAGGAUUUCAGACCCUCUCUGAGAAACAGCCAGGACCUUUUCUAUUAUGUGGUGAUAGCGACACAUUUUACUACCUUCUGCAGUCCUCAAAUAUAAAGGAAUGCAGCCAAAUAUUUCCAACAUUCCUGUUUUAUGGAUGAUGAAGAUAGGAAUCAAGAGGACCUCAUAGUCCCCGAAAACUUCAUUUUUAUGAGUUUUUUUAUAGCAUGAAAGACUCUUUGUUGCAAUUCUUUGAUUAUCUGGAUCAAAAGGCACUUUCAAUACUUGCUUUUGGCUCUCGUUCUGUUUGAUUAAAGAUGCCUUUUCAUGUGCACUUAUGCCACCUUUUACAAAUUCCAGCUUCCUGACUAAAAAAGUACCUUUACUUAUGGAUUGGCAAGUGAAGCAGAAAAAACAUGACCAGAUGCAACCCUUGUAUUUUACUUCUUUAAUACCUUGAGUCUUCAGCAACUCUGAUUCAGAGUUACUUCCACAGUGAUAUCAUCAACUUUGUUGCUGUAAAUGUAAUUCCAAAAAAAAGUAAUUUAAUUAAGCUCUUUUUAUCGAAUGAUGUUUUCUCCAUCUGAAUCAGUUGUGUUUAUGAGAAUUGAAAGUUUCAGAAGAACUGAAUUGGAACUUUUUCCCCAGGUUGUGGUAAGGCUUUGUGAGGUAUGCUGAAAUUAAGAAUGUAGUGUGUUAUGCUGGUUUUUUUAAUGGCUUUUAACUUAUUCCAUACACUAAAUGUUUAACUUUUUGCUUUUAUGAUAUGGAAAGAUAGGUUUGGAAUUAGGGUAUCCUACUGCUCACAAGACUCUUAAAAAAAAAUCACAGCUUGCCAAAGAUGUAUCCAGUGUGCUAAUCUGUAAAUAAAUACAUUGACAAAUAGUAUUG